AAAUCUGAUAUCUGAGCCACACAAAAGAUGAGGCCGUGGGAUAAGUUUCCAAAGAGGAUCAGAAACAGAGGAAGAAGAGCAAAGCUGAGUCUUUUAGGCCAUGGCUUCCACAGCGUCUUGUCACCGGACGGCAAGCAUUUUCUUGCCGGGAGCCCAAAACAGCAGACACUCCAGACACGACGAGAGAGCGGGAUCUCUACUUGGAGGAGGAAGAACAAGGAAAAAAGCAAAAACGGCACGCAUUUAUGCUUCGAAAGGGCCGACAGAGAGGCAACGAGCUCCACCAGGAGUGGACACGAGGAUCCACUGGGACAACCCGGACGACGGUUGGAUCGGCGGACCCGACCCGACCAAGUCCGAGGUUGAAGACAAGACCACUCUCUUUGGUGAUGAUAAGUUUUCCGACCUGCUCAUGGAAUCUUCUGAUUCUCACUACCAGUUCUUGGGAGUGAAUGCAGAUGCUGACAUAGAAGAGAUAAAAGCCGCUUACCGGAGAUUAUCGAAGGAGUACCAUCCGGACACAACGUCGUUGCCGCUUAAGACAGCUUCAGACAAGUUCAUGAAGCUGAGAGAGGUGUACGAUGUCCUGAGCGAUGAGGAGAGCAGGCGGUUCUAUGACUGGACCCUGGCUCAGGAGGCAGCGAGCCGUCAGGCCGAAAAGAUGAGGAUGAAGCUCGACGACCCGAAAGAGCGAGACCUGCGGAACUAUCAGUCCAUACCUGACAUGGUUGACAGGCUCGGUGGCAGGAACAUGGAGCUUAGUGACCAGGCCAUGACCGCCCUCACGUUUGACGUCCUGAUCAUUAUUUUCGCCAUUUGCUGCAUAGUUUAUGUGGUAGUCUUCAAAGAGCCUAAUUACUAAUACGGAGCAAGAUAUAUAUAUAUAUACACACAUACAUGUAGCGGAAUAAAGUUCAUACAUAAACAACAUGACUAGUAGCAAACUGAA